UCUUCUCGCUCGAGUCACCCACAGUUAGUUCUGCUCCCUCUAUAGUCUGCACUUUCGCGCGCUCACCCCGCAUACAGCAUCAUGUCGACGCCGACUACAUCUGGUCGUGGCACCCCGCCUGUGCCCCAGGGCGCGGGUAACCCUACCGGCACGCCUGUCCUUGCGCCCACGCGAUCUUCGACGGGCAAGGAUGGAACAAGCAGCAAUCUCGGAACCUUUGGGGUCAAGUCCGGACUAGCCCAGAUGCUCAAGGGUGGUGUUAUCAUGGACGUCGUGAACGUGGAGCAGGCUCGUAUAGCGGAGGAAGCAGGUGCUUGCGCCGUAAUGGCUCUAGAACGUGUCCCCGCCGACAUACGUGCCAACGGUGGUGUCGCCCGGAUGAGCGACCCCAAAAUGAUCAAGGAUAUCGUCGAUGCCGUGACGAUCCCCGUCAUGGCCAAGGUGCGCAUCGGGCACUUCGUCGAAGCUCAGAUCCUCCAAGCCGUCGGGAUCGACUACAUCGACGAGUCCGAGGUGCUCACACCCGCAGACGAAGAGCACCACAUCAACAAGCACCCGUUCAAGGUGCCCUUCGUCUGCGGCGCGCGCAACCUCGGCGAAGCCCUCCGCCGUAUCUCCGAAGGCGCGGCGUUCAUCCGCACCAAGGGCGAGGCGGGCACGGGCAACGUCGUUGAGGCCGUCCGCCACCAGCGCGCGGUCUUGAGUGAGAUUAGGAAGGCGAGCGUGAUGAACGAGGAGGAGCUGUAUGCGUAUGCGAAGGACCUCCAAGCACCGUUCCACCUCCUGAAGGAAACGGCGAGGACGAAGAAACUACCCGUGGUCAACUUCGCUGCUGGCGGCAUCGCCACCCCGGCGGACGCUGCGCUCAUGAUGCAACUCGGUUGCGACGGAGUCUUCGUUGGUUCCGGUAUCUUCCACUCUGGCGACCCAGCCAAGCGUGCACGGGCCAUUGUCCAGGCCGUUACCCACUACAACAACCCCAAAAUCCUCGCCGAGAUCUCGGAAGACCUAGGUGAGGCGAUGGUCGGGCUCACUAUCACCGACGACAUCAAGGGUGGAAGGCUCGCGUCGCGCGGAUGGUGAGGUCUGAGGUCUCCCAGUACAUGUCAGUCUAUGGAUCUUCUUGAGGACCCUCGGGCAUAAGGUCUGGCUGGCUCACAGUCGACUAGCACACGUACUCAGUCACGGUAGGGCAUACUACUAUCAUAUGUAGCAAAAAAUGCAUGUUGUACCAUCACGUAGAGCGGCUACGGCCGAUUCGAAUAACAAAAUGGGAUUUACUAUAUCCAC